AUGACACAAGGAAAGGGCCGAUCUGUCCAUCGUCCCUACUACUCGACUUCUGCAAAGGAUCCAAAUGCGAUGGAUGUUGAUCGUAUCAACAUCUCGUGCUUGUCCCCGGAUGAGCGACUGAAGAGAAUGAAAGAAGGAUUAUGUUUUUUAUGCGGACAGAAGGGCCAUAUAGCCAAUGACAGACAAUUUCACUCCCAAUUUGGAGGUUUCACCCAUGCUAGAACGAUACAGCCCGGGUUGGACACAGACACGAUCACGUGGAUCAAGAAGAUGCGAGAAGAUCUCGCACAGAAGAAGGAGAUACCGAAGGAAGGAACCAGAGAGGAACAGAUCGCCUAUGUGCGAAAUGUCUUCAACGACAUGACUGAUGAAGAAUGA